AACUUCUCCCGGUUCAUUCCUUCCAAUUCUGCACUCUAUAAAUUGCUCAUAAAAAAUUCUGUCUUUCCUCACACUUCUUACUUUUCCCUCCCAUUACAAUGGCUAACUCCAGAAGCCUCACAUUCAUUUUCACCGUCAUCGUUCUCAGCCUACUCUUCUCAUUCGCCACCGCAAAAUCUUCCACUUUCUACCGAACCCUAUCUCGGAAGUCUUUGGGACUGAAAAAGGAGAAGCUCAGCCACCUUCAUUUCUUCUUCCACGACAUUGUCAGCGGUCCAAACCCCACCGCCGUCAGAGUGGCGGAGGCCCCAUCCACCAACUCCUCCUCCACGCUUUUCGGAUUCAUAGCCAUGGUCGACGACCCAUUGACGGUGGGCCCGGAGCCUGGAUCCAAACUCGUGGGAAAGGCCCAAGGCGUUUACGGAUCUGCGGCCCAACACGAAACGGGCCUGUUGAUGGUAAUGAACUUCGUCUUCACGGAAGGGAAAUACAACGGCAGCACGCUGAGCUUGUUGGGGCGGAAUGCGGUGUUUUCCACCGUGAGGGAAAUGCCAAUUGUUGGAGGAAGCGGGGCUUUCCGGUUCGCACGUGGGUACGCUCAGGCGAAGACUCACACGUUUGAUCUGAAGACCGGAGAUGCUGUUGUGGAGUACAAUGUGUACGUGUUCCAUUAUUAACCACCCAGUUGUUGAUGAUGAUAUAGAAAACAUAUGUAGCAUCGUUUUAAUGUCUCAUCAUUCUCUUGUUUCUCCUCUUUGUUUCAUUGUUCGAUGCUUUUGGAAUAACAACUUGU